UUUCAAGAGCAGUCUGGUAUGGUUUUCAAGGUGAUGUAAAAGAAGUUGCAAUUUUUGCAGUAAAUGCUAUUCAAGGAACAAUAGGAGAUAUUCUUUUAUUUAGAAGAAUCACAGAACCAUUCAAACUUUUAGUUAUAUGCACAAUGGUACAAAAUGCAUCAGAUAUGCUAGUCAAAGAAAUAUUUAGUUGGUUAAAUAAUGAAAAAGUUGAUAAAGAUGAUAUUGAUCCCAGAACUAAAGAUAAACAAAUUUCACAACUUUGGAAAGUUGAGUUUUUUAGGGAUAAUAAUUAUAGAUUAAGAUCUUUUGUUAGUGGUCCAGCUCAAAGAAUGUAUUGUAUUGGUGAAGAUUUACACAUGUGGGAUUUUGUUAAUUAUUUUUGGAAUUUAGAAAAAAUUGAUUUUAUUGAUGAAUAA